AGAAAAGUCGCCUGUUGAAAAGAAAACAACAGGGCGAGCGCGGAUGUGUCACCAGCCAGAGGAGGGGAAAGGAAAGCAAAACACCGUGCGAGUUCAACUCCUCUUCCUCUCAAAUGAAAGUGAAGUUUUGUUUUUGACGCUGGGGGUGCUAUAAAAGCGGCAACUUUUUAACACUUGGUAGACAGUCGACUCCAGAAGCUUCACGAUGGCUUACACCGUUGUUUUCUUUGAUCUGGAGACAACUGGACUAGACACCGAAAGAUGUGACAUCAUUCAAUUAGCAGCCGUCUGUGGCACACGCGUUUUCAACGCCUACACCGUCCCGCGCUGCCACAUCACCGAAGAGGCCAGCAGAAUCACCGGCUUCUCCAGGGAGAACGGCCGUCUGCUCCUCCACAGGGUGCCCGUUCAUACCGUCCCCCUUCGCCAAGCCCUCACCUCCUUUGUCGAGUUCCUGUCCUCUUUCUGCGGACCCGUGUACCUGGCGGCCCACAACGCCAAUCGCUUUGACGCCCCCGUCCUCAACAGGAUGCUGAAGGAGUUCUCCCUCGUGAAGCAGUUCGAGAGGGCCGUGUCCUACUACCUGGACACUUUUCUGCUCGCCAAGAGAAUGUUUUGUAAUUUGUAUAGCUACUCCCUGAAAUACAUGGCGAGUCGCUUCCUGGGCAAGACCUACGACGCUCACAACGCGCUGGAGGACGCCAGGGUGCUGCAGGAGCUCUUCGAAGUGUGGCAACCGGGCUGGAAUGCCGUACGGUAUUCCUUGGUCUAAAAGUGAGUGUCAAAUUCAAGGGCUUGAAAUGCUAAAUGGGACCUGCCCACAAUAUCAAUUUUUGUUUCUCGCUAAAUUUCAGUAUCGCUAGCCCAACACCCUCAUACAUUUAACUUAACUUUGGUAUAUUGCCACUUACAAGACUGAAACUCAGGAAACUGAUGAAUAGCCUUCCUACUGCCUCAACAGCUUUAACUCAUUCACUACCAUUGACAGGAAUCGUUCGGAAGUAAAGUUUGAAUUUGAAUUUCUAACACUGCAUCAAAAUUGAAGUUGCAGCAGUCAGGUAGGCCAGAAGAAGCAAUCGAUCCUUUUUUUUUUUUUCCAUCAGUUGUUUAGGCAUGUUAGGUUACGCUUGUUCAACUGGUCAUGUGACACGGAAUGAAGGUUAACAUUCUGCCAAGUCUUAAGUGAAAAUGAUGACUAACAGUACAUUGAAAAUCGGUUGUUGCGAGUAUGGAAAUGAGAACUUGAUCUAUAGCUUCUCCCUUGCUUUACCCCGAUGUUGCGAGUGAAAUUUUUGCGAACCAUUUUUUGGGGGGAAUUGAUUUUUUUUAAACUUGAAUAUUUUUUGUCUCCAAUUUUUUUUUUCAACUGAAUUUUUGCCACUGUUUUUUUUUUUUUUUUUCUGAAAUUUGAUUUAAAAAAAAAAACGUAUUUUUUGCGAUUAAUUUUUUUGCAGUUGAAUUUUUUUUAACGGAAUUUUUUUUGUCACCGUUUUUUUUCUUUAGGUGACUGAAUUCACUCCUGAUUUUUAAAAACUGAAUGUUGACCAUUAAAAAAUGAAGAAAAAAAACAAUCUUUUUGCGAACUGAUUUUUUUCUGUUGAAUUUCUGCGACAAAAUUUUUGCUUCUGAUCUUUCAGGCUGAAUUUUGAUCCUAGAAUUUUUUUUUUUUUUUUAAUGCAGACCAGUGUUUUGUAAUUGAUUUUUACUUUUUGGGUAGCCAUUUUUUGACUGAAUUUUCGCCACUGAUUUGACUGAAAAAAAAACUUUAGGCUGAAUUUUGGUCCUGAAUUUUGGGUUUUUUGGGGGGGGGGAUUUUUCUGACUGAAGUUUCAAAAUUUUUGUUCCUAUAAAAAAAAAUUUAUGCAAAAAAUUGUUUUGCAACUGCAUUUUUUAUGUCCCCCAUUUUUUAAAUGUAUUUUUUGGCAAUAUUUGCCACUGAUUUGACAGAAAUUUUUUGGGGCUGAAUUUUGAUGUUUUUUUUUUUUUUUUGUGAACCAAUUUUUUUUUCCAUCGAAAAUUUUCCGACUGAAAUUUCAACAUUUUUGACCCCCCCCCCCCCACACACACACCAAAAAAUGUAAAAUUUAUGCAAACUAUUGUUUUGCUACUGCAUUUUUUUAUCCCCCAUUUUUCAUUUAUAUUUUUGCUGUUACAUUUUUUUAGGCUGACUUUGAAGCUGAAAUAUAAUCGUCGUCAGAAGUUUGAUCGUGAAAAAAUGUUUGAAAUUCUAAUUCUUGAAAACUAAAACUGAAGCAAAGAUUUACUCUUAUAUGAAAGACAUCAAUCUAUUUGAACUAGGAUGUCUAAUAAAUGACUUUUUUUAUUACUGACAGCCAAAAUGGAUUGGACGUCUCGCCCCGUCAAUAGCAGCCAAUGAGUUAAAGUCCUUUAAUAAAUUAAUACAAUGACUGCAUUUGUACUGAGUGAAUGUUUAUUUCCAGGGUUUGCGGACCAAAUAUGGCUAGAAAUUGUCGUUUAAUUUCACAACUAACACACACAAAACAGUUAAGUUGCAUUUUAUUCCUUUCCGCUUUACUGAAUGUAACCCGAACUGUUUUGGUAAACCGUUAUACCACUCGUUGAUAUGUUUAUGUGGUUUUACCGUUAUAAUGGAACGCGCCCCUAACCCUAAAGCAACCACAGUUACGAUGUGGGCAAAACACCUUGAAUAUGACACCAGUUAUCUAUGGGGGAAAAAGUAUCCAGAAAAUAUGUUUUUGUUUAGGAGUGUAGCUGCUUUUGCACUUUCUUCAAACAUGAAGUCCUUUUGUACUCAUGUCAUUUUUAUUUACGCAAUCAGUGUGUUUGUGUUUGCAUUGAAAACUACAAUCAGAUUUAAAAAAAAAAAAAUUUGAAACUUGUGAACCUCGAUGACUGAAUGUACAUUUAACUCUUCCAGUGCCACUGACGACGCGAGACGUCCAAUCGUGUGGCGUCUACUCGUGAGUGAGUUGAAAUGAGUUUGCCACAGCAUUGGAACAAUACAUAAAAACAUGAAAAAUAGUGUUAAUUUUUUAAAAAUAUAUGUUUCUAAAAAAAAUUUAGAAAUUUUGAAAAUGUUUUCUUUUGAAAUUGUAUUUUUCCUUAAUUUUCUGUAUUGUUACUCUUUACUGUAACUUUAACUUUUUAUUUUUUUUAUUAAGAAUUAUGUUUUUAUUUUUUAAAAUAUUUUCAUUUUUUAAAAUUUAGGAUUAUCCAAUUUUUAGUUGUAUUCCUCACUUUGAUUUUAAGAUGAUGAUUAUUUUCAUGUACUUAUGAAUUCCCCCUAAUACUUUCCAUAUAUAUUUGUUAAAUGUAAAUUCAGGCAUCACAAUGGUUUAGUAUGUCCAAAGCUUUGACUUUUCUCUUUUAAUAUUGCAGUAUUCAUACCAUAUUUUUGUAAUCAGAUGUGACUUUGCUUUGAAAAUGAAUUUUCAAAUAUAUUUUUUAUCAUAUCAUUAAAAGAUAUUUUACACUUUGA